AAUACUUUGGUGCUCGUGGAGACCGCGAACGGCGCUCGUCGCGACGACGAGGAGAAGGAGGUACGCGUGUGCGUGUGCAGCUGGAACGCGAGGAUAUUUGGUCCACGUCGGGCUGCCCCUUGUCAUCCCGAGCCACUUGUCGACCGGUCAACCGGUGUGCAUCCACCAUCAUGCCGUAUUGCAUUUUCCUCCUCUCGCUUUUGAUCGCUGUCGCUACAGAGGCGAACGUCUAUUUGCCCUCGAUCAAGGAGGAAAAUUUGUUGACCGACGCCUUUCUUCGAGAGCUGAUCAAUCAGAUGGGAAAUGAUCUCGCCAACGCAGCCGACACAUACCUGGAAUAUCCCGAGAAAGUCAAGGAACUACCCAUAGAGUUGCCGGCCGAUUACGACGGCAUGGAUACGCUAAAUCCGAAUCCGAGUAUACGGGAUCAAGAGUAUCUGCGACAUAGCACGCUGUGGAGUCAUCAACGUAUUAAUAACAAUAAUAAUAAAGGCAACGACAGACACAGGAUUCAAUCGACCGGUCUAAAAGGGAUCAAGGACGAGAAGACGGAAAAUCCUUUACCCGCUUAUUGCACCCCUCCGAAUCCCUGUCCGGUCGGAUACACUACCGAGAACAAUUGUCUCAUCAAUUUCGAAAACACUGCGGCUUUUAGCCGCGAUUAUCAGAGCGCACAGGACUGCAUGUGCGACACGGAACACAUGUUAGAAUGCUCUAGCGAUACCGAAAAUAGCAAUGGUCUGUCAAACGUGCAAAUUUCGAAUUCCGAUAUCGAUCAAAUCGUCGAACAAUUCCAGGAAGAGAACCCAUUCUUUCAAGGGGAGAAACUACCGAUAGCUGCGAAAAAAGGUAUACAUGUGAUCGAUUAAUUAGAAACUGUAAACACACGAUCGCUCGAGAGGAAAAUGGAAACAUAUACCAUAAACUUCAUUAUUAAAGUUUCGGAUGUAUACCGAAAAAAAUUGAAAAUUUUUAAUUUUCACUUUUAAUCUUGACAUAAACGAUCAGAUGCAUAAUAGUUGUAAACGAUUCACUUAAAAAAAGAUAAUAAACAAAA